CAUAACUUUUCUGAUAAAAGGCUCUGAUUUUUCAUUUCUUGUCUCCCACAAAGUGCUUCCCAUUUCUCACGCCUGAGCCAUUAUUGUCCCUUGGCUUGAAAGCCAAGGGAUUUUGAUGAUUACGUGCUUCGCAUGCAAAGCUUUAGAACAUGUUCUUGGAUAAUCCACUGCUGAAGCAAUCAGAUUCAUUCUAUGCUGGAAGCUUACUAGCGUCUGUCAUUUCUGUUCAGAAUCUAUUACAUCCCAUUCUCAGCUUUUUGUCAUCGGUGAUACCUUGAAGUAUAUAUAAUAUACAUCAAAAACUUUGAAAGGGAAAGAAGAAAAAUGGCAUCUCUCACCCCUGGAGUGCUACUGAAGCUUCUUCAAAGUAUGAACUCUGAUGUAAAAGUUCGAGGAGAAUACAGAUCGGUUCUUCUGCAGGUGAUAAGCAUCGUGCCUGCACUAACUGGGUCUGAGCUAUGGCCUAACCAAGGUUUCUUCAUAAAAGUGUCAGACUCUUCUCAUUCAACCUAUGUCUCACUCUCAAAGCAAGACAAUGAGCUUAUCUUGAACAACAAGUUACAACUUGGGCAGUACUUGUAUGUGGAUAAAAUGGAGAGUGGGACACCAGUCCCUAUUCUUGUAGGAGUCAGGCCCGUUCCUGGAAGACACCCUUUUGAAGGAAACCCCAAGGAUUUGAUGCAGAUGUUGGAGCAAUCAGAAGGUCCUGUACAAUCUGAAGGUGAAGGAGUUAAUGGUUCUUCAAGAUCAUCAGUGGAUUUAAUGGAAGCCAAAGAGAAUCCAAGUCCAAGACAGAAGAUUGUUAUUAAAGAAGAGAAAGCUGCUGUUGCAUCCAGGUACAUGCAGGGUGUUUUAACAUCAAAUUCAAAGGUUAAUGGAGCUGACAACAAUGGAGGAAGCAAAGGAAAUGAUUUAGAGAAUGGUGGUGGAGCUAGUACUAAGAAGAUCGGAUCAAUGAAAGCAAAGCAAGAAGCUAGAGAUCAGGUACUCUCAGUGAUCCCAACUCAUAAUGGACGUGAAGUAAUCGCUCCAAAGCAAGAGGUAGCUCAACCUAGCAUCCAGGAAAUUAAUGUAACACCAUCUAAGAACACAUCUUCUACAAAACGCAGCUCUGCCAAGCAGGAAAAUUUGAACUCUAAUCUUCUGUUUCGUAGUAAAGAUAAAAGCUACACCACAGAGACAAUUUCAUGGUGCUCGUUGCCUCCCAAUCUUUUGAAGCCUGGAAAGGAAAUGCUUAGAAGAAAACACUUAGCCUCUCAGGUUGCAAUAGAGGCUCAAAAAGAAGCAUCUUCAGCAGCAAACCUUGUCAAGUGCCUAAGCAUGUUCGCCAAUCUCUGCUCUACUGCAGCAUCAGAGAAUCCUCAUCUCACAAUGAACAAAUUCUUUGCUCUGCAACAGCUCAUGGACCAACCAAACCCUGCAUCUCCAUUAAAAUAUAAAUCACUUCAGCCAUGCAAAAAUCUAUCCCCAGCAGAACCAGACAAACCAUGUAAAAAGACCGGCUUCAUGGCUGGAACAUCAUCAAAGUCUCCAAAACAAGCUGCAACCAAACUAAACGAGACACAGAGACUAGAAUGGGCCAAAGGGGAUGGUCUAAAAGAGACAAAAGAGAUGAGAGAAAUCCUUUCAAAUGAAACAAGAUCAUGGUUCUUGAAAUUCUUGGAGAAGACUUUGGAUUCUAGGUUUUCAAUGGGUUCCCGUGAGAAAAAGGGAAAGGACAGUAAGGAAAUUGCAGGGAGACAUGUAGAAGAAGCUAAUAAUAUUGCUCUCACAUUGUCUCAUCUUAAGCAAGCAAAUGAGUGGUUGGAGAAACUGAGAAGCAAGUUAGGCCCAGAGAGUGAAGGGCUAGUAGAGACUAUUGACGGAUUGAAGAAGAAAGUUUAUUCUUGCUUGCUUGUACAUGUUGACUCUGCUGCAUCAGCAUUGGAGAACCGAGCUUGAUCCUAGAAAUACUAUUUAAAGAACUCUAAUUUAUUCUGUUUCAUGCUUAAAUUAUUUCAUGUCCUUGGUCUCAAGAUUGUUAAUGGAAGUUCAUCCAGCUUCUCUUGAAAAUUCAACGAGACAUAUGAAGCCUUGGUGCAGAAGAAUACCAAGACAUUUCUUCUUUUAGGUUGAAGUUCAAUUGCCCUUGUAACUAAAUAAAGAAAAGGAUACAAAAACGAGCUUUUGCAUGAUGUAAUGUACAAGUGAUGCACAAUCAAAAACAAUAGCAAUUUUUUUUCCCCAACUCAA